AGAAGAAAGAUGAGAAAUAUCUAUGCAUUGCAUUCCAUCCCACCUUUCCAUACUUAUAUAUGUCCAUUUGAAUAAGCCAAUAAUAAUAUUAGUGAAAUUAUAGAUACAUAAUUUUAUAGGAGUAGAGUAGUAUGCAAUAAUUACAGAGCAAAAGAGAAAAAGGCUCUCCCACUUAUAUACUAAAGCUAACACCCAUCGCUCCCCUGCUCAAAUCCCCUCUCCUCUCCUCCUUCUCUCUCUCUCCUCUCUCUCGCACACUCACAAACACAAACAGACAACUGGAACUGGAAGGGCGCUUUUCUGCUUUCUAUUGCUAUUGGAAUUGGAAUUGGAAUUGAAAUUGUGGCGGUUAGUAAUGCGACCAAUUAGAAGCAGACCCCAACCCCAACCAAGAUGUUCGCCAUAAAAUCCAAGUGGAGCUGCGAUUUUUUAUGAUUCUUAACCGAGGCGAAUUGACAAGCAUAUGGCGGGUGAGUUCAACCCCGGCUUUCACCACCAGGGCGCGCUCUACAAAUCCGGCGGCGGGGGGAUGAGCAGCAGCAGCAGCGCCGGCUCCGGAGGGUACGACCUGAUUCCCAUGGCCAAUUACUACACUAGCCCCGGGGGGACCUUGAAUUUGGGUGCUGUCGAUUCCUCUGCCGGGGCGGUGCAGUAUUUCUCGCCGCAUAACAACUCCGCGGGCCCUUCGUCGUCGUCGCUUUUGCUGGACUCGGUGCCGGGGUUGAAGCACGACACGGGGCUCGCGGUGGAGUGGUCUGUUGAGGAACAGUAUAAGUUGGAGGAAGGUCUGGCCAAAUAUGCGAAUGAACCCCAUAUUCUGCAGUAUAUUAAGAUAGCUGCUUCCCUCCAUGACAAAACUGUACGUGAUGUCGCUCUUCGGUGUAGAUGGAUGAUGAGAAAGCGAAGAAAACAGGAGGACCCAAGCUUGGGGAAGAAAAUGAAGGACAUGAAGGAUAAAUUAAUGGAAGCAUCUGUGAAGACUAAAGUCUCCUCAGCUCCGCCAGUGAACUUGCCUGCAUAUUCUUUACCUUCAAUUCGUCAUAAUCAGAGUGAUUACAUAUUUUCAGGGGUACUUAGUUCCGGAGCCAGGCAUCUAUUGGAAGAAAAUAAUCAUGCUUUUGGUCAAAUAUCUGCAAAUCUUUCAACUCUCAAGACUCUCCUGAUCUUGACAUCCAUGUAUCAGUUGCAGGAAAACAUUGAUCUCUUUUUUCGUACGAGGAACAACUUAACCACAGUUUUGAAUGACAUAAAAAACAUGCCUGGGAUUAUGAGUCAAAUGCCACCACUUCCUGUUGUCUUAAAUGAGGAACUUGUUUGUAGUAUUUUUCCACAUUCAUCUCAGUGCAUGACAUUUGGUGCUUCAAGUUCAAUACCUCUGAAGCAGGAGCCAGGGUGCUGAUGAACAUUUAUAACUCUGGGUCGCACCAGUCGGGUCCUUGUAAGUAUGGAAAUUGUGCGUGAAGGUGCAAGAAGCUGGCAGAUUUUCCAGCUUUAGUGUACGUCUCCAAGAGAAUAGUGCAUCGUGCCUCGUUGAUAAGAGGUUUUGGAAGGUGUGGGAUUGUUUAUGGUGGAGCAGUGCAGAUGCAGAUGGUGGCAAAAGAAACAAGAUGCCUUGUUUCGGAAGCAUGAGAUGAGAAAGUGCACUGAAUGGGCUAACUCGUAGCUGCUGCUGCUGCUGCUACUUUCUUCUGUAUGUAAAUGUACACGAAAAUAGAAACUAGUAUCUGAGUGAAUGGAUUUGCUAGCCAACCUUCAAUCAUGCUUCUAUUGAAGUUGUAAUUUAUUCCCAAUAAAUAUGUUAGUCUGAUUUUGGAGGUGAUUUUGUCAAUGAGAAUGAAAAUUGAUUCA